CUGUUUGUUAUAGUCAUGCUUAGUCUGUCUCGUAGUAGUUGAAUCAGCCCUUGUUUUAUUACCAUUUUUUUCCAAUAUAGUUAUUAUUUGUGGGAAUAUCUUUGUGUUAAGUAAUUGUAAUACUGUUUGCGUGCGUGUUGAGACAUCAUACUAAUAUUCUGCGGUUACACAUUUACCUUUAAACAUAUGACUGGCGACCAAGCUACCAUCCGUUGAUUAAUGAUUAAAAAAAAAAAAAAGAAUAGCCGGUCCAUCUUCAUGACACAACAGUUAAUACCGCACAGUGUCAGCUGAGAUGUAGUAAAUUAUGUGUGAAAUACAAAGACAGGUUAUUUUGAUGAUGAUUAAAUUAAAUAUUGGGAUCUUUGAGGAGAAAUUGUGCUGUCUCAUCAGCUUGGAGAGUUACAUAAUUGCAAGCAGAUUUGUAGCUGGCUACUUGUGCAAAAUACACGUUUUACAUACUUUUUAUGUGACCGACAUUUACACACACACGAACAGCCACUUCAUCUGUUUGACAAACAUGCUACUGAAAUACAGAUGUAUGAGUGUGUCUUAGAAAAAUAAAGAUAGAAGCCAAUAGAAAAAUUCUGGCUUGAUUAAGCUUCUGCUUUGGGAGAGGGAGGGAGGAUGAAUAGCAGGAGACAGCUUGUAUGGGUUAGAGAGGGAGAAGGUUUGUGAGAGAGAUGGGGGUUUGUUUUGUAAUAUGCUCUCUGUAACAGCAGCAUCACAGAGAAAAGGAGGUGAAAGAAGGGAAAAUGCAGGAAAAACAGGAUACUCAGAGCCAAGCCCCAGGAGCACUGGGGAAGGCUCACCCAGCUCUCAAAGCCUUUAUGUGCGGCUCUCUUAGUGGCACCUGCUCUACACUGCUCUUCCAGCCUUUGGACCUGGUGAAGACACGGCUGCAGACCCUGCAAAACAAUACCAAGCCGGGUGCACCGAGGGUUGGGAUGUUUGGUGUUUUUGUCAGUGUUGUUAGGACAGAGACGUUCUUCAGUCUGUGGAAGGGCAUUUCACCAUCGUUUGUGCGUUGCAUCCCCGGGGUGGGCAUAUACUUCAGCACCUACUACUCCCUGAAGCAGCGCUUCUUCCUGGACCGGGCACCCACUGCUGGCGAGGCCGUUCUGCUCGGAGCGGGUGCCAGAACUGUAGCUGGCAUCUGCAUGCUGCCAUUCACUGUCAUCAAGACUCGCUUUGAGAGUGGCUGUUACAACUACUUGAGUGUGGCCGGGGCUCUGAGGAAUAUGUAUAAGACAGAGGGAGUCAGGGCUCUGUUCUCAGGGCUGACAGCCACGCUCCUGCGAGAUGCUCCGUUCUCUGGCAUCUACGUCAUGUUCUACAGCCAGGCCAAGAGGGCGCUGCCUCAAGAGGUGACUUCGUCGGCCUACUCCCCACUGGUGAACUUCAGCUGUGGAGUGAUGGCAGGUGUCAUGGCGUCACUGGUCACACAGCCUGCAGAUGUGGUAAAAACCCACAUUCAAGUCAGGCAGUCCCACUGGAGCAUGGCAGAUGCUGUCCGCUACAUCUACACGGAGAAUGGCAUAGGCGGGUUUUUUCGUGGCACUGUACCCAGGUCCCUUCGACGCACUCUGAUGGCUGCAAUGGCCUGGACUGUCUACGAACAGCUGAUGGCUCAAAUGGGCCUAAAAUCCUGAAGAGCCAUGGUGUUAAGGCAUGAGAAAGCAGAAAGGAAAAUUGGCAAAUAAUUUAUUUAAUCAUUGAAAACCUCAUGCAAAAAGAAAAGGAAGGUGAGAAGUUUACAGAGUGAAGCAACACUGCCAGGCUUUUUAGCAAAGAGCCAUAUGUGGAUAAAUGGAUUAAAAGAGAAAGAUGUGUGUGUGCGUGUGUGUGUGUGUGUGCGCGU